GCACCAGACUGCCACUGCGUCUAGACUAGCCUAAGUGGAGACAGUUUUCUUUCUGAACGAACCACUCUUGAAAGUUAGCAAAGCAAGGCAAGGUCGAAAACUAUCGUCGUCAUAAGCAGAUCCUCGUGAUCAAUCCCGAAAAAGAAAAGGAAACAGCGACGAUGUUAUCAAUUCUCAGGAAAGCGCGGCUGAAGGACAAGGAGAUGAGAAUCCUGAUGCUAGGAUUGGAUAAUGCGGGCAAAACUACUAUUGUCAAAAAGAUCAUGAACGAGGAUGUGAACACCGUUAGCCCGACUUUGGGAUUCAUCAUCAAGACUAUAGAUUAUGAAGGGUACAAGCUGAAUAUCUGGGACGUUGGUGGUCAGAAGACGCUGCGAUCGUACUGGAGGAAUUAUUUCGAGAAGACAGAUGCCCUUAUAUGGGUGGUGGAUGCGACAGAUCGAUUACGCAUUGAGGACUGCAGGGAAGAAUUACACGGUCUCUUACAAGAAGAGCGACUUUCUGGUGCGAGUCUCUUGGUGUUUGCGAACAAGACGGACGUUCAGGGAUGCAUGGAUGAAGGCGAGAUAUUGCAAGGUCUUCAGCUGAAGAACAUUCGGACUCACCGAUGGCAGGUUCUGCGCUGUAGUGCUAUGACCGGCGAAAACCUCAAGGAAGGCCUUGCUUGGGUUGUCGAAGAUGCCAAAGCAAGGCUUUUCUUGUAUUAAAGUCAUCAGUCAGAUAGGCGCGCAUCUCUUCAUUCGUGUUGCAGGUCCCGAAAUGUUAUUCCGUAUGGAUGAGUAACAAACAUUUAGCAUUUGCGUGGGGUUCGACAAUCCGGACCUUCAGCCGGACCGUGCGUUUCGGCUGCCAGCCAUGUAACAUCGAAAAGUACCGAUCAGAAGGAUCUCUAUCUGGAGAACUAGAUAUCAAUUCAAUGUAGCAUGACGAAAUAUUGUUCUGUCAAGAGAUGUGGUCAUGGGCAAGUGAAUUGUCUGGCAGGUCGAUUGGACAAAGGGGCUGCAUAUCAAUUCUCGCACUCGAGAAAUAGGCAGUAUGGUGUAACUAAGGCAGUAUUCAGACACGGUUGAGCCGGAGUGGUAGGCGUUUGAAAAGAGAAAGUAUUCGUCCCAAGUGUCGUUUCAAGAUUGCAGGAAACUUUCAUUUUGCAAAUGCAG